AUGCGUCGUCGACGUUUCCAGUCAUCAUUCCCAAGAAGCUAUGCCGCGAUAAUACACCCUGUGUGUCCACCAACUCUACCUAUAAUCGGCAAUCUUUUAUCGGCAUGGUUCAAAUACAAGGAGUUGAAGUAUUACCACAGUGUGUGGCAGGCGUGGGCUCGGCAGUAUGGCGACAUUCUGGGCCUUCGAUUGGGCUUCGUGGACAUAGUGGUGGUUUCAGGCCGAGACAUGAUCAAGGAGGUGUCGUCCAGAGAAGUCUUCGAUGGCAGGCCCGGAGGAUUCUUCUACAUGAUUAGAUCUUUUGGAAAGAAAUUGGGCAUAGUAUUCAGUGACGGCUCCUCAUGGAAUAUGACCCGGCGAGUGGUGAUCAAGUAUUUGAAAUCAUUCGGCUACGGAACCAGGUCUAUGGAGACGAACAUCGCACAGGAAUGCAAGGCGUUGGUGGAGCUGAGGAUGUCUGAUGCUGGGCAACCGGUGCUGGUCAAUGACAUGUUUGAUGUCUCUAUCAUUAACAUCCUGUGGAGACUUGUUGCUGGGAAAAGAUACGAUCUCAAAGACGAACGUUUGAAAGAACUGUGCCACUUGAUCAAACGGGCAUUCGCUGUAGUGGACAUGACUGGAGGCAUUCUCAACUUCAUGCCAUUCCUAAGACAUUUGAUCCCUGGAUUAACCGGGUACACAGAAAUGAAAGAAGUCUACGAUUCUCUGUACAAAUUUCUUAGGGACAUAAUAAAAGAACACCAAGAAUCGAUCGACGUCAAGUGCCCACGAGAUGUUAUCGACACUUUUCUCAUUGAAAUGAUGAACACCAAGGACGGGGCAUUCAAGAUCACAGACGAAGAACUGCAAGUGGUGUGCAUGGAUCUGCUGCAAGCUGGCGUGGAGACUGUUGGCAACACUGCCGUGUUCAUGAUGCUGCACCUGGUGCGCAACGAGGACGCGCAGGCCAGGCUGUGGAAGGAGAUCGAUGACGUCAUAGGCCGAGACCGACCACCCACCCUCAACGAUAGAACUAAGAUGGUGUACACAGAAGCAGUAUUACUGGAAUCGCUGCGUAUUUCAUCUGUGGCUGCUGUAGGCAUACCUCAUAUGGCACUGGAUGACGCAAGACUUGGGGACUAUGUCGUACCUAAGGGAACGUUCGUCCUUCUUGCAAUGUAUGACCUACAUAACGGCAGUCAUUGGAAGGACCCUCAGGAGUUCAGACCGGAGCGGUUCCUGACCAAAGACGGGAACCUCAUUCAGGACGAGUGGCUGAUGCCUUUUGGCAUGGGGAAGAGACGCUGCAUUGGAGAAGGUCUGGCCAGGUCGGAGCUGUUCAUGUUCCUGACCUACAUUCUGCAGAAGUUUCACCUGAAGAUCCCAGAGGGAGACCCACUUCCCGCCACUGAGCCUAUCGAAGGAGUAUCACUCUCGGCCAAACCAUUUAAAAUUGUUUUUGAACCUAGAAUAAAAACUAGAUAUAGUGGGAGGAGACCUAGUUUAGUUACAGCGUAAAAUGUGACGCUGACGUCUUUUCGAUGAGACGAGCGGCCCGGGGCACUGGAUUAUUGAUGCGGUUACAUUUCAAUACGAAAUCUCGCCUCACCUAUUCUGUAUACAAUAAGUAUUAUUUAAAUAUGUUACUUACUGACUAAUAUAAAUGUAUCGUCGCCUUAUAGUGAAUACCUACAACUUAAGCGCCUUUUAACAAAAUCACAUUGUGAUAUGAUCUUCUUCAAGAAAACCUCGAUUUCACUGACACCACUUAUAUUUUAUUUUUGACGUGUCUUAUUGUAGAUCUGCCGCAGAUGGCAUUAACUACUUGGCCGGAAACUGACACCACAAUAUUUAACCUGAACUGAAACUAACGCGUCUAGCAUUAUUCCGUUAUUUUUUUUUUCACAAGAUUAGCUGAAUAUUUGACAGGUCUGGUUUUUUACAGAAGCGACUGCCUGUCUGACCUUCCAACCCGCGAUGGAAAAAUCAGCCCAAUACAGGUUAGGUCACAUACUAACAAAAAUGCAUUUCUCGAGAAUGUGGGUUUCCUCACGAUGAUUUCCUUCACGCUGGGCGUGUGAUAAUCAUUUAUGAUCCAAACAUGAAUUCGAAAACAAAUUGUGCUGGAUUCGAAUGCGACCUCAAAGUGAGAGGCAAGCGUUCUACCAACUGGGCUACCACGGCUCCUCCGAAACUAACGCGUCUAUUGCCAGGUUUUGUUAACAAAAAUCACAGCCGAAUGUGCCUUCGUUUUUCAAAAAAGCGCUUACGUUGUUUUCACUAUAAGGCGACAGUGUUCGUUGUUAUCCACUAAUUGUAUCCACAGGUA